CACUAGAGAGACUGGGGGAGGUAAUGUCCCGGCCUAUCACAGCACCGGACACUCACUAUGUGGCACUGUAGGAAGAGAAUGCGCAGCAGCAGGAGGAGGCGCUGUAACCGGAAGUCACCACUAAAGUGGCAGCACCACAGUCACUAGAGUAAAAUCCGGUACUAUUACAACUGUCCUUGCUGCCUGAAUCGGCAGCCAUUUUCCUGUGGUCUCCAGCAGAAGAAACCGGCAGCGAACGAAUGCAGCGCAGUGAGGAGUGAUUAAGCUGAGAGACGUUACAGAAAAGACUGUCCUGUACAGAUGCCAUCAUGGAAACGUUAAGAAUGUACAAGGGUGAAGAGCUGACUAAUAUUAAAGAAGAAGCUAUAGAGGGAGAAGAGGAGACGUAUGUGACAGGUGAUCAGCAGUGUAAGGAGGAGGAAAUCCCUACCGAUAUCAGCACAGAUUUGAAAAUAGAAGAUGACAUCAUCCCAGGAAAUUCUCCAGAAGAAAGCAGCAUUACUCCAAAUAUACAUUUAGUCCAUCACAGUGCGGAUACAUCACCUGAUCCCUCCGAUAAUGAGGAAUGUUCCGCUGAUGAAUCUGAUAUUGGUACAUAUAGAACAACCCGCAAAGUAUUUGCCUGUUCUGAAUGUGAUAAGCGUUUUCCAUGUAAUUCACUGAAAUUAAGGCAUCAGAUAACUCACUCAGAUGAGAGGCCGUUUCCAUGCACAGAGUGCAGGAAAUGUUUUAAACGGAAAGGACAGCUUGUUAUACAUCAGAGAACUCACACAGGGGAGAAGCCGUAUCCAUGUUCUGAAUGUAGGAAAUGUUUUAGAAAUAAAUCAGGUCUUAUUGAACAUCAGAGAACUCACACAGGGGUGAAGCAGUUUCCAUGUUCUGAAUGUGGGAAAUGUUUUACAUAUAAAUCAUGUCUUGUCAUACAUCAGAGAAUUCACACAGGUGAGAUGCCGUUUCCAUGUUCUGAUUGUGGGAAAUGUUUUAAACAUAAAUCAAGUCUUCUUAUACAUCAGAGAUCUCACACAGCUGAGAUGCCAUUUCCAUGCUCUGAGUGUGGGAAAGGUUUUGCAAACAAUUCAAGUCUUGUUGCACAUCAGAGAACUCACACAGGGGAGAAACCGUUUUCAUGUUCUGAGUGCGAGAAAUGUUUUGCAUUUAAAGCAGCGCUUGUUAAGCAUCAGAGAACUCACACGGGGGAGAAGCCAUUUUUAUGCUCCGAGUGUGGGAAAUAUUUUGCACAAAGAGGAGGUCUUCGUGUGCAUCGGAGAGCUCACACAGGGAAGCCGUAUCCAUGCUCUGAGUGUGGGAAAUGUUUUUCAAAUAAAUCAGAACUUGAUAGACAUCAGCUAAGCCACACAGUUGAGAAGCCGUUUCCGUGUUCUGAGUGUGGGAAAAGUUUUAUAGAUAAAUCAAACCUUAAGAGACAUCAGCUAAGCCACACAGGUGAGAGGCCGUUUCCAUGUUCAGAGUGUGGAAAAUGUUUUACACAUAAAUCGCGUCUUGUUAUACAUCAGAGAAGUCACACAGGUGAGAAGCCAUUUCCAUGUUCUGAGUGUGGGAAAUGUUUUAUACAUAAAUCACGCCUUGUUAUACAUCAGAGAAUUCACACAGGUGAGAGGCCAUAUUCAUGCUCAGAGUGCUUGAAAUGUUUUACACAAAGAUCACAUCUUGUUAUACAUCAGAGAAGUCACACAGGUGAGAAGCCAUUUCCAUGUUCUGAGUGUGGGAAAUGUUUUAAAAUGAAAUCGCAUCUUCAUCUGCAUCAAAGAUAUCACACGGGUGAGAAGCCAUUUUCAUGCUCUGAAUGUGGGAAAUGUUUUGCAAAUAAUUCAGCUCUUGUUGCACAUCAGAGAACUCACACAGGAGAGAAACCAUUUCCAUGUUCUGAGUGUGAGAGAUGUUUUGCACUGAAAGCAGAUCUUCUUAAACAUCAGAGAAUUCACACGGGUGAGAAGCCAUUUUUAUGCUCUGAGUGUGGGAAAUAUUUUGCACAAAAACUAGAUCUUCGUGUGCAUCAGAGAACUCACACAGGGGAGAAGCCGUAUCCAUGCUCUGAGUGUGGGAAAUGUUUUUCGAAGAAACCAAAACUUGAUAGACAUCAGUUAAGCCACAUUGGUGCGAAACAAUAUCCGUGUUCUGAGUGUGACAAAAGUUAUACACAUAAAUAUCAUCUUGUUAGACACCAGAAAAUCCACACACAAGACUAAUGCAAUACCCGAGAGAUGAGGUAAAAAGCACAAAAGUCGGCCUAAUUAUAUGAUAGACUGUGUCAUAUUGUUAUUACUGAGAUAUGGUUGUUUUGAUAGAAAAUCGAUUUUAUAUAUAUAUAUAUAUAUAU